AUGGGUCUGGACUGGGACGAGCCCCUGGAGCCCGAGGACUCGGCCGGGGAGGAGCUGGAGCCGGAGCCGGUCCAUAUGAUCAAUAUGGACCAGAGCGCCGCGCUGGAGCCCGAGGCGCCGCCGCGGCUGCUGGCGCCCCGGGCCCGCGGCGGGCCGCCUGGGGACGGCGCCGAACUGGACCCCGACGUGCUGCAGCGCCCCGAGCGGGCCCGGCUGAGCGAGAACACCCGGCUGGCCACCCGCUACGCCGUGCGCAUCUUCCGGGAGUACCUGAGCGAGAAGGCGCAGAGCCCGGACUUCGAGACCAUGGACAAGGGGGCGCUGUGCCGCGUGCUGCGCUCCUUCUACGCCGAGGCCCGCUCCAAGAGCGGCCAGCUCUACAGCAAGUCGUCGCUCAUCAGCAUCCGCAGCUCCCUCAACCGCUACCUCAACGAGCCCCCGUACUGCCGCACGCUCGACCUCACCAAGGACCCGGAGCUGCGCAGCGCUAACCUGACGCUGGCCGCGGUCAUCCGCAAGCUCGAGGAGCAGGGCGCCGGGCCGGUGGUGCAGAAGCAAGCCAUCACGCGCGCCGACCUGCGCAAGCUCUACACCUCCAGCGUCUUCAGCACCAACACGCCCUUCGGGCUGCUCAACAAGGUCUGGUUCGAGACGUGCAUGUACUUCUGCACGCGCGGCCGCGAGAACCAGCGCGAGCUGGAGGAGGACUCCUUUGGGCUGGCCAUGGACGAGGACGGCCGCAAGUUCGUCUACUUCAAGUCCCUCGGGCCCUACCACAAGUCGCGCUCGUCGUCGUGGAGCAAGAAGCGCGCCGAGAGCAGCGACGAGGAGAACUUGCCGCGCAUGUACGAGACGGGCACCGAGUUCUGCCCCUACGCCAGCUUCGUCAAGUACCUGUCGAAGCGCAACCCCCUCUGCAAGGCGUUCUUCCAGCGGCCCCGGGACCACUGCAGCGAGGGCGAUGUGACCUGGUACGAGAACAAAGCCAUCGGCAAGAACUUGCUGGGCACCAGGAUGCAGAUGCUCUCCAAGGCGGCCAAGCUCUCCAAGACCUACACCAACCACUGCAUCGGCGCCGUCUCCAUCGCCACGCUCAACAGCAUCGCGGGCAUCGGCACCAAACUGGGCUCGCCCGCCCCGCAGGGCUGCUACGCCGAGGCUCUGAACGGGGCGGCUCGCCACCACUCCCCCCAUCCCCCCACCCAUCCCUCUCACCACCACCGCCCCCAGCCGCCCUCGCUGGGGAACACCUAUAUCCUCCCCAGAGACAGCCAGGUCGGGCCCGACGUGAAAUCGGAGGCUGCGCCCAAGCGCGCCCUGUACGAGUCCGUGUUCGGGUCGGGGGAAAUCUGCGGCCCCUCUUCCCCUAAAAGACUUUGUAUCCGCCCCUCCUCGGAGCCUGUGGAUGCGGUGGUGGUGGUUUCCGUGAAACACGACCCCCUGCCUCUUCUUCCAGAAGCCAAUGGGCACAGAAGCACCAAUUCUCCCACAGUAGUUUCACCUGCUAUUGUUUCCCCCACCCAGGAAAUAGAAAAAGAAGUAUUUGCCACCAGUGGAGAAAGUGGAUGCCAUUCAUCUCGAAUGUAAACCCUGAUUUAAAAUCUGGUUCCCCUAACAAAUGUCACCUAAAAGGCCAACCUCUCGUCGUUGUAGAUGGAUUUCAAGCAAGAAGAGCCCCUUCUUCAAAUAGGACUGUGAGUUGUUUGUGAGACCUCUUAGGUUUUCACCUUGAUUUAGGCCAAAGCUCCACUUCAGUGAUUUAAUAAAAAGUUCACUUUCAAGUUAUCUUUUGGGAUCUCCAGUGCCAUUUCAAAAGCUGAAUCGAUAUAGGAGUUGCUUUGUGG